AUGAAGUACGUCUCCGGGCCGUACUUCGAGCCGGACUUCGACCCGCUCCUCGACCGCUUCGGCACCCCCGGGGUCGUCGUCGACAAUGAGACGCGCGAGGACUGCACGCUCGUCAAGGUUGACAGCGUGAACCGGGACGGCGUGCUGCUGGAGAUGGUGCAGCUGCUCACCGAUCUCGACCUCGUCAUCUCCAAGUCGUACAUCUCCUCCGACGGCGGCUGGCUCAUGGAUGUGUUCCACGUGACGGACCAGAUCGGGCGCAAGCUGACGGACCCGUCGCUCCCGGAGUUCAUCCAGAGCGCGCUGGUGCCGUUCCACCGGCCGGGCAACAGGCCGUCGCCCCGGUUCACCACGUGCCUGGGCAACGUGGUCGGGCCGGGCGGGCCCGACGUGUCGGACUGCGCGGCGCUCGAGUUCACGGUGCACGACCGCGCGGGGCUCCUGUCGUCCAUCACGUCUGUGCUGGUGGACAACGGGUGCCACGUCGCGUCCGGGCAGGCGUGGACGCACAACGGCCGCGCGGCGGGCGUGCUGUACGUGACGACGGCCGCCGCGGACGGCGCCGGCGCGGCGUCGCUGCUCCCGAGCCGGUGGGCGCGCGUCGAGCGGCUGGUGAACGCCGUGGUGGACGCGCGCGAGAACUUGACCGGGGAGCGCCACUGGGUGUGCGUGUCGGAGCCCGUGCAGGGCCGCGUCCACACGGAGCGCCGCCUGCACCAGCUCAUGCACGACGACCGGGACUACGAGUCCGGCCCGGCACCGACCCCCGUCGACGAGGAGCUCUUCAGCAUGGGCGACAAGGCGGCGACCGCGCGGACGGCCCCCCGCCGCGCCGUGACGCGCGUGUCCAUCGACAGCUGGGAGGAGCGGGGCUACGCCGUCGUCAAGAUGACGAGCAGGGACCGGCCCAGGCUGCUCUUCGACACGGUGUGCGCGCUCACCGACAUGCAGUACGUCGUCUUCCACGCUACCAUCGGAUCCCAGGGGGCUCUUGCCAUUCAGGAAUAUUACAUCCGGCACAAGGACGGGCGCACGGUCGACAGCAGCGCCGAGCGGCAGAAGGUCUCCCGGUGCCUCGUGGCCGCGGUGGAGCGGAGGGCCACUCAUGGCGUGAGGGUGGAGGUGCGCGCCGCCGACCGGUCGGGGUUGCUAUCGGAUUUCACCAGGGUGCUGCGAGAGCACGGCCUGUCGCUGCUGAGAGUUGAGCUCAGGAGGCACAAGGACGACGCCUUUGGCAUAUUUUACCUCGUCACGGACACCGGCGGCGAGGUGCGCGCUGAGGCAUUGCGCGCUGUGCAGGCGAGGGUCGCCGAGAUGGACAUCUCGCUCGACGUUGUCAUGGAGGCCCCUGGCUGGCCGCCGGUGAGGAAGACCAGCGUGCCAGCCCCGCCCGUCGCCGGGCCUCAGCCUCAGGAGAGGCCCAGACCUUCCCUGGGGAGCCUUCUAUGGUCACACCUUGGGAAGCUCUCGAAUAACUUCAACUACAUCAGGUCUUGA